GAGAGCAGGGGCGCAUCUCUGGACGCGAGGGAGUUAAGUUCAGUGGCCUGGAUGCUCUACGUAGUAGCUGGCUCUGGCCGAAGGCUGCGGUCGAGGCUGCCCUAUAAAUAGGGCGGGAGACCCGAGCUCCGAGGACUUGCAGUUCCCCAUAGCCCGCCGCCGCUGCCCCCCAGCCUUGGUUCCAGGCGUCCCAGCCAUGACCCGCGCGAUGCUUGUCUUCAGCAUCGGCCUCUUCGCUGGACUCCUGCAGGCGCUGGCCGCCUGCCCCCAGAACUGCCACUGCCACGGUGACCUGCAGCACGUCAUCUGUGACAAGGUGGGACUGCAGAAGAUCCCCAAGGUGUCAGAGAAGACCAAGCUGCUCAACCUUCAGCGCAACAACUUCCCCGUGCUGGCUGCCAACUCGUUCCGGGCCAUGCCCAACCUAGUGUCACUGCACCUGCAGCAUUGCCAGAUCCGAGAGGUGGCGGCUGGUGCCUUCCGCGGCCUCAAGCAGCUCAUCUACCUGUACCUGUCCCACAACGACAUCCGCGUGCUGCGCGCUGGUGCCUUCGACGACCUUACUGAACUCACAUACCUCUACCUGGACCACAACAAGGUGACGGAGCUGCCUCGGGGGCUGCUCUCCCCUCUGGUCAACCUCUUCAUCUUGCAGCUCAACAACAACAAAAUCCGGGAGCUGCGCGCAGGCGCUUUCCAGGGUGCUAAGGACCUGCGCUGGCUCUAUCUGUCAGAAAACUCACUCAGUUCUCUGCAGCCCGGUGUCCUGGACGAUGUGGAGAACCUCGCCAAGUUUCACCUGGACAGGAACCAGCUGGCCAGCUACCCCUCAGCGGCCCUGAGCAAGCUGAGGGUGGUAGAAGAGCUGAAGCUAUCCCAUAACCCACUGAAGAGCAUCCCGGAUAAUGCCUUCCAGUCCUUUGGCAGGUAUCUGGAGACCCUCUGGCUGGACAACACCAACCUGGAGAAGUUCUCAGACGGUGCCUUUCUGGGUGUGACAACGCUGAAACAUGUCCAUCUGGAGAACAAUCGCCUGAACCAAUUGCCUUCCAACUUCCCCUUUGAUAAUCUGGAGACCCUCACCCUCACCAACAACCCUUGGAAGUGUACCUGCCACCUCCGGGGCCUUCGGCGAUGGCUGGAAGCCAAGGCUUCUCGCCCAGACGCCACCUGCGCCUCACCCUCCAAGUUCAGGGGUCAGCACAUCCGUGACACAGAUGCCUUCCGCAGCUGCAAGUUUCCCACCAAGAGGUCCAAGAAAGCCGGUCGCCAUUAAACAGGUGGGGGCUGGGCAAGCAGGUUAUCCUUUGCCCUCUUUGGAGAUUCCAGCAAGGGGCUGUUAUCUCCCGUGAUAGCCCUGCCUCUGGAAGGGCAGGCACAUCCUUCAUUUUGCAGGGAGAGGAGGGGAGGAUAGGGAUUCCCUCACCCAAGGGCCCAGCCUAGGUCUCCUACUGUUCCCUCCAACGCUGGCCAGGUUUUUGGGAGUCCUGACACGGAUCCUUGCCUCACCACAGGUCCUGACCCAGCCAGUCCUGGUGGCUGGCCUCUGUCUUCUGCCGGAGAGACUACUGACCUUCCCACUGCCCCCCAUACCUUCUCCCCACAGCCUCUGCUGUAUGCACAGAGCUGCCCACACCUAGACAUGUCCUGGCAGGGGACCUUGGGCACUCCACUACCAGCCCAACUCCAGCUGAUAGGGUUCAGGGAAGGACACAGAGCCCCUCCCAACCCAUCAUGCCUGGCCCCUGUGCGGCUCCUCCAAGAAAAGCUAUUGUCAACAUCCCCAAGUCAGAACCAGAAGUGGGGUGACCAUCGGGAUGGCCACCCUCCCAGAAUCAGUCUUUCUCUGCUCCCCUUUCCCUGCCAUUUGGAAACAAACAUCAGACCCUUGCCUGACCCCUUGCUUCCAGAAAGGCCCUAAGUCCAUACUCUAACUCUGCUGCCUCCACCUGCCAGGACAUGCUAAUGGGACACAGGUGCUUCGCUCACUCUCAUGCUGCAUUUCUGCCUCAGAUUUCUAUAAAUAUAAAUUUAUGUGUAUAUUUACUCCCCUGUCACCUAUCUCCGAUGUCCCAUCAGGUGCUGACAAGGUCAGACUGUCUUGUCCCACCUCUGCUUUCUUGAGAAAAGGCUGGCCCUGCGUGUCUCCUUUGGACAUCUGACCUGGCUUCUCAGUCCUUACUUACUCUAGGGUACUCAAUCCACACCCUGGCUCUG